AUGGGUAUGGAUCUAUUCAAUGAUGACCUGUCCAUGGGUAUAGAUCUUUUCAAUGAUGACCUGUCCAUGGGUAUGGAUCUUUUCAAUGAUGACCUGUCCAUGGGUAUGGAUCUUUUCAAUGAUGACCUGUCCAUGGGUAUGGAUCUUUUCAAUGAUGACCUGUCCAUGGGUAUGGAUCUUUUCAAUGAUGACCUGUCCAUGGGUAUGGAUCUAUUCAAUGAUGACCUGUCCAUGGGUAUGGAUCUUUUCGAUGAUGACCUGUCCAUGGGUAUGGAUCUUUUCAAUGAUGACCUGUCCAUGGGUAUGGAUCUUUUCAAUGAUGACCUGUCCAUGGGUAUGGAUCUUUUCGAUGAUGACCUGUCCAUGGGUAUGGAUCUUUUCGAUGAUGACCUGUCCAUGGGUAUGGAUCUUUUCAAUGAUGACCUGUCCAUGGGUAUGGAUCUAUUCAAUGAUGACCUGUCCAUGGGUAUGGAUCUUUUCAAUGAUGACCUGUCCAUGGGUAUGGAUCUUUUCAAUGAUGACCUGUCCAUGGGUAUGGAUCUUUUCAAUGAUGACCUGAUGACCUAA